AUGGAAAACCCAUACGUAGGCCAAGUAGGCGAAAAUGCUUACAAGAAAAAACAUAACAUUCGAGAUGUACCAACAAAACCACGUAAAAAGGAUUUGGGGACGAAUGAAUGGCGCUUUCAAGAGGUAUCAGACCUUUUUGAUGAAGAGCAAAGGGACGAGGAAUUUCCAAGUUUACAAAGCUUGAAAGAGAGAGAACAAGCUGGUAACGAGUUGGAAGAAGAGCCACAAGAGGAAGAGGUCGAUUACUCGAAACUACAAGCUCGUCCUCUUACUGGAAUGGGAAUUGGCCGUCAGCGACCCAAGACGAAGGUGAAGACAAUCAAACGAGAGGAAGUGGCUGAUGUUUUACAGGCAGCCGAACAUGAGAAAUCGAUUCAAGAUUUUCGGAAACGAUAUAAUGUCGAAAAGCCCAAGUUUCGUGUAGCCAAUGCCUCAGGGCACAUAGGGGAAGAGGAAGAUAUUGAUGACUUUUUAAAAGAGACUGAAGUCUCCGAACAAGGUCCUUCUCAUAAUGACUCCACAUUGCAUACAAAGGAUCCAUCUACGUCCUUGUCGCCUUUGUCCUCAUCGUCCCUUCCUACAACCGCUUCCAAAGACCAGUCCUGGCUAGAUGACUUGUUAAGGUGA